AUGUGUCCUCCUCUCCUUCCACAAGCUGUUUUAUUCUCCUCCUCCCACAACAACAACACAACAAAAACAACAACGCGAAGCAACAAGCGCACCGUUACACAGACUUCUCUCCUGCUGCUGUGCUCGCUUCACUCCUCGCACUGUGUGCCCGCUGUGCUCGCUUCUCUUGCACGCAUCGCUGCUGUUCCACUCGUCGCUAGCCAGCAUGGCGGACGGAGAGGCGGGUGUAUUUCACAUGCUCGUCACAGGCGCCGUUGAGUGUGGUCACUUUCCAACUUACAACAACCUGUACUGCAAGUACACCAUCGUAUUUGGCGAUCAUUGGACAGCUACAGCGGGCAUUGAGGAAGGCGUGUCACAGAUUGCUUCGCGCAGCUCGCAUCACCCUGGGGAGUUUGUGUGGAACUUUCCCAUCGACAUCACUCUCAAGAGCCAACUGCCAAGAGGAUGGCCACAGAUUGUUGUGGCUGUGUAUGGACUCGACAUGUUUGGGCGGGACAUUGUUCGCGGGUACGGCACGUGUCACCUGCCGGUCACAGCUGGCCACCACACACUCAAGAUUCCAACCUUCGCCCCACGCCCGACAACAAGAUUACAGCACAUUCUCGGGUGGUUCCUGGGACAGAGGCCAGAGUUCUAUGAAUCAACGUUUGUCGCAGCGGGCGAAGGAAGAGAAGUUGUGCGUGUGCGAUCACAUGGUCACGUCAUUGUCAAGUGCAACGUCGCAUUCAAGGAUUUUCACCGUCUUGGCUUUCACAAUGCGCCCUCGAAUCAAAACUAGCCCAUGUUUUGCUGUAGCAUGACAACCAACGUGCAUUCGCUAGUGAUCGCUGUCCAUACUAUCCACGUGUUUUCAUUCUCCAACAUGUACACACACACGCACGCAUAGUCGCUCUUCUUUGACAUUUCAACAGCUCUUGUCCAUUCUCUUCCUUCCCUAUGACCUGUGUUGUUUGUUACCUUCGCGCCAACUGGCAAUUCAAAGCUGACUUGUUACCAGGGUGCACUGUGUUACAACAUGCAGGCUGCAUCGCACACACACACACACACACACACACACACACACACACACACACACACACACACAUACAUACACACCGCACCCCCGAGUGUGUGUUCAUACACAUGCGUACAUGAACAUGGGUACGUGCCUUGGUGUGCUGUUUUGUUUGUUGUAUUGCAUGAAUCAUGCCUCAAAUUGCAAUUCCCUUUGCGCUUUCACAUAGGCGGCACCAAUCAAAAUGCAGCAUAAACCAAACACCACCAGCUCACCCCCAAUACAGACUCAAUCAAUCAAUCA